GCUAACCCGGCCCUUUCCCUCAUCACAAAAAUCGCGAUUUUCUUUCUCCUCUGUACUCGCUCGCCGCUCCCCCACCCUAAGCGCCGCUCCGAUCCUCUCCCUUUCUCUUCCGUUAGCUGCUCUCGUCAUCGCUGCUUUUCUCCGUGCUCCUCCCUAAUAUGCUCUCAGCGGCGCUCCUCUCCCUUUCUCCUCCCUCUGCUCUCGUUCGUUGCCGCUCCUCUCCCUAAUCUGCUCUCACUGUCGCUGGGAUCUUCACCCACGCUCACGCAUACUUGUGCCGCCGCCGGCCUCCACCAUGAUUCCUCCACAGCACUGCAUACACGCUGUGAUUCUGCCUUUCUCCUCCCAAACUCAUUCUUGUCGUCGCUGCUCCCUAAUCUGCGGAUCUCAUCGUGAUUUGUUGUGGAUUGGAAGAAUUUAAUAGUCGCCUUGCUCCUUUCUACCUAAUCGAAUCAAACAGUAAGAAUGGCUCCUAAGCGCCGAACUAAGAGAAAAUCACCAAGUAUAAGUAAAAAUCACACUGAUCAUGAACAAGAUGGUCAAAACAUAGAAGGUACCUUGACUGACCAAAGAGAUGUAGUUUCAAAUCAACUACAUGUUGAUGUGCAAGGUAAUGUCCCACUUGUUAAAAAGUAGAGGCUAUUGUUGCAUAACAUCCAUAGUGAGGAUAUGCUGCUGUACUAUUGUUGUUACUGCUAUGUUUGGUAUACCAUCCUUCAUGUUGAUUUAAAAAAAAAAAUACUAGAAGAACAAUGAAACAACUUGGGAGAAUGUACCUGAAGAAAGGAAGUAAAUAAUCGGCUAAAUACAGAAAGCAGAGUUCCUACAACAUCUGGACCAUAAAGUUCAUGGACUGCAUGAACUAAACCAUAAGUUCCAAAUUGAGCCUUAUCGAUCAUUCCAUGUAUUAGCUCAUUAUUGUAAAUAUGCAAAACAAGUUGAGCACUAUCAUUCCCAAUAUACUCUUUUUGUAUUCUUCCUUUCUUUUCAAUAGUAAAAGGAAGGCAACCCCGUGUGACAUAGUUAAGGAUUGUAGUAAUAACCUACAAAAUAACAAAACCAUCAGCAUAAAAGUUGAUGCAGUUAAGGUUAUGCAGCGUCACCAUCUCAAUUACCUUGGAUAAGUGCUAUUCUUGACUGCCUUCUGCCCAUACUUCCUGCACCGGUAGCCAUCUUCAAUGUGGAAUAAAUAUCAUAGUAAAAAUGAUGAUUCAUUUCAUUGGAAUUGCUAUAAACUGAUUACCUAUUUAACUACAUGCUUAUUAUUUAUAAUCUGUUAAUAACAAAAACAAAGAGAUGUCAAUUCAAAUGGAGAAAUUGGAAGUCUGAACUAAAAAGAAAGUACUAUGAUCCUGAGUUGUCAAUUCAAAUUCUUUUACAACAAAGAGAUGAAAGAGCUCAAGUAGAACAAUAUAUGCGACUAGUUGCUUUUUGGAACACAGAAAAAUCAAAGGAAAGAAGUGAAAAGAAUAAAAAUGCAAGAAAGCAAAGGAUAAUGAAUCAAACCACAGGAAGGACAUCUUUUUCUCAAGUGCAACAAACAUUGGAAAAAGAAAAGGGACAUCCUCCAACACGAGUUGAAUUAUUUCAUGCAUGUUUUACGCAUGCUAAUGGAACUCCCUCAAGUAAUAUUGUAAAAGAACGAUUGGCUGCAAUGAAAGAACUAGAAAAUCAACUUCCUGAAGAUUACAAUGAUCAAGUGAGCCCGAAUGAUAUAUUUGCUCAAAUCAUGGGACCAGAUAGAUCUGGUCGAGUACGUAUGCUUGGUGAUGGAAUUAGCCCAUCUGAUUUAUGGGGAGUAGUUCCUAGUCGUGGCACAUGCAAUCGACUAGUUAUGGAACAGAAUGCAAAGUUAGAACAGAUGAAUGAACAAAUCAAAAAGCAAGGUCAACAUAUUACAAUGUUAGAAACAAAGAUUUCUGAACAAUCAAGCACAAAUCCUCUUUCAAAUUCUAAUAAUAGUCGACACACUUCAUCAAGUAGCAAUCUACAAGGUUCUAUUCCAUCUCGUCCAACCUUACAGAUUGGAAGUUCUGUCUUGAUUAAAAGUUUAUUUGAUUCAACAAAAACUGUAGCAAAAGGAUUGCUCCUUGACAUGGAUCCAAAUAAUAUAGUAGGGAGACAAAAAUUAGGACUAAAUUGGUGUGAAGUACAAGUACUAGUUGUCCUAGAACCCGAAGAAAAUUUAAUUAAACCUUAUGAUUUUUUACAAAGGUUUGAGGAUGCACUUGGAGGAUUGAUAGCUUGGCCUUGUCAUUUGUUGACAAUGUGCGAAGAUUUCUAUUAGUGCAUAUAGAAUAAUACUUUAUAUGUUUCUCAUUCGGUGACAGGUACUUGGAUUUUGCAUAUGAUGGUUGAAGAUGGUUGAUAGUAAAUUAGUUAGUUUUUUAUUUUAUAAGACUUUGUUAGUUUUAGAACUCAAUGAUUUGUUAGUAUUUAGUUAACAUUGGAUUCAAUACUUUUACAUUAGUAAUGCAUUUGUAUUUUUGUGAUGAUGGGAUGAAUUAUAUAUGAUGACAUGGCGAAUGGAUUGGAUAUUUUGGAUAUAAAAAAUUUUUAUUCUUAUUGUGAUGAUGGUUAAA